CGCGGAGCUGCGUGCCGGGCGGGGGAGCCGCUGCGUGCCGCCGCGGGUGCGGGCGGGCGGGCCCGUGGGCUGCGGGAGGCGCGAGCCGCUCCCGGUGCGGUGACGGUGAGCGACGGGAUUGUGACGCGCAGCCGGGGAGGCCACCGGGCUGGACGUGGGCGCAGACCCCGGGGCCGGCUCUCGGCGGGCUCGGCGCGGCCGUUGCGGCGGUUGGAGAGCGUUGCUGCCCGCCGCCUGCAGCGGGAGGUGCGAGGAGAUGCUCACGUAGAGCGCCAGAAGCCCUUGUACAUGUUUCAGCACUGAACCACCUCCUCAGGUAUCCUGGCUCUGGAAAUUGCUAUGGGAGAUUGGAUGACUGUUACAGAUCCCAGUCUGUGUGCAGAAAGCAAAAAUCUCUCUCAAUAUACCUCAGAAACGAAGAUGUCUCCAUCAAGUUUAUACUCCCAGCAAGUGCUAUGCUCUUCAAUACCUUUAUCAAAGAAUGUGCACGGUGUUGUCAGUGCCUUCUGCACAGAAGAGAACAUUGAACAAAGCAUUUCAUAUCUUGACCAGGAACUGACUACCUUCGGUUUUCCUUCCUUAUAUGAAGAAUCCAAAAGUAAAGAGACAAAGAGAGAGUUAAAUAUAGUUGCUGUUUUAAAUUGUAUGAAUGAGUUACUUGUGCUUCAGCGGAAGAACCUUCUGGCCCAGGAGAGUGUGGAAACCCAGAACCUGAAGCUGGGCAGUGACAUGGACCACCUGCAGAGCUGCUACAGCAAACUUAAGGAACAGCUGGAAACCUCGAGGCGAGAGAUGAUUGGGCUUCAGGAGAGAGACAGACAGUUACAGUGCAAAAACAGGAAUCUGCAUCAGCUCCUGAAGAAUGAGAAGGAUGAGGUACAAAAAUUACAAAAUAUCAUAGCCAGUCGGGCUACUCAGUAUAAUCAUGACAUGAAGAGGAAGGAGCGUGAAUACAAUAAGCUAAAGGAACGGCUGCAUCAGCUUGUUAUGAACAAGAAGGACAAGAGACUAGCCAUGGACGUUUUAAACUAUGUGGGUCGAGCUGAUGGAAAACGAGGCUCGUGGAGGACCGAUAAAACAGAAGCCAGGAAUGAAGAUGAAAUGUACAAAACCCUGCUGAAUGACUAUGAGUACCGCCAGAAGCAGAUCCUGAUGGAGAAUGCCGAGCUGAAGAAGGUCCUCCAGCAGAUGAAGAAGGAGAUGAUUUCCCUUCUCUCUCCCCAGAAGAAGAAACCCAGGGAAAGAGCAGAAGAUGGCACAGGCGCUGUUGUCAUCUCUGAUAUUGAAGAUGAUGCUGGGGAGCCAAGCAGAGAGAGUGGAUGGGGCCUUUCCUGUGAUACCGUGAGAGAGCAGCUUACAAACAGCAUCAGGAAGCAGUGGAGAAUCCUGAAGAGUCAUGUAGAGAAACUUGAUAACCAAGUUUCAAAGGUCCACAUGGAAGGCCUUGAUGAGGACGUCAUCUCACGUCAAGACCAUGAGCAAGAGACUGAGAAGCUGGAGCUGGAGAUCCAGCAGUGUAAAGAAAUGAUCCGAGCUCAGCAGCAGCUCCUGCAGCAGCAGCUGGCCACCGCCUGUGACGACGACACCACCUCACUGUUGCGAGACUGUUACUUGCUGGAAGAAAAGGAACGCCUCAAAGAAGAGUGGUCGCUUUUUAAAGAGCAAAAAAAGAAUUUUGAGAGAGAAAGACGAAGCUUUACAGAAGCUGCGAUCCGCUUGGGGCUGGAGAGAAAGGCGUUUGAAGAGGAAAGAGCCAGCUGGUUAAAACAGCAGUUUUUAAACAUGACGACCUUUGACCCCCACAGCUCAGAAAAUGUGAAGCUGCUCGGUGCCUUCUCAGGAAGUUCUGAUCCAGACAAUCUUAUAGUGCACUCACGGCCACGGCAGAAGAAGCCACAUGCUGUGGCUAACGGGGCGCCAGCUUGCACAUCGAAAUUGACUAAGUCUCUACCUGUUUCACCUUCUACUUCAGACAUUUGCCAGACACGCUCCUGUGUGUCUGAACACAGGAGUUCAAUCAAUGUGCUGAAUAUAACUCCUGAAGAAACUAAACCAAAUGAGGCUGGACGAGAAUGUACGAAUCAGAAGUGGAGCGUGGUGUCGAGACCCAGCUCACGGGAAGGUUGCUACAGUGGCUGCUCCUCGACCUACACAAAUUCUCACGUGGAGAGAGACGACUUACCUUAGAUGCACAGACGGCGGUGCUCUCGCUGAACUGUGCAUCCGGAUGCGUUCACGUCUCAGUCAAACAGGGUGUGUGAUAAAGUCAGUCAUCUAAUUGAAGAUGGUCUGGGUGGUUUGUCUGGACCCCGUCUUCCCCCAAAGAGCUGCAAUGCUAAGCUGUUGAAAAGGAUGCAAAGGCGUUGGGUGUGUGUUAGUGACAGAAGCCGCCGGCUCUGUGACUAAAGGAGUGUGUGUUUGGAUGGGAACAGAAGCACUAGAAUGAAUUUCCUCUUCCAGGUAUUGAGAAUAGCACUUUUAGGGGACCGAUUAUUGAAAACAUUAAAUUUUUGUCCCAAAUAUGGUUGGCAUUGAAAGUUUAGCCUUUACUUGAAUGUAUACUGUAGAUUUUUAACAAAGCAAGUUCUAUAUUUAUUAUGUUUAGUGUGAUUUUGGGAUUACCUCUUUCAUGUUUUACAUAAAGUAAAAUUUAUGUAUGUUCUGUACAUAGAUAUACAUGAUUAUGUUAAGAGGCUUUAAGGUUAAAAUUCCACACAAUGCUAGAGUGUAGUGUUUAAUGCCAGUGUCUUCAGUGGCAUUGCGUUUACAGAUGUGCUAGGACAACUGCCACCUGACAUUUAAGAUUUUAUUUUUAAGCCAUCUGGGCAAUAAAAAUUCAAAGCAACUCCAUGACAACUAGAACUACUAACAUUACAUUUUUGAGAUUUUUAAAGCAUUAUAUUUUAUUUUAUAUAUGUGAAUGUUAUUAUUUCUAAGAGGAAUAUUGAUUAUGGAGUAAUGGGGGAAAGAUAAAAGUGUCUUUGAAUUAUAGUAUAUGAGGGUUGGUUUAAGAUAUUUGGAUGAUAAAGGAUAUUUAAUAUAGCUGGAUGGUGAUAUUUUCCUUACCAAAUGGGUGCCAGUACAGUAAUAUCUGUACCAGCCAGGGCUUUAUAUCAUUGCCAAUAAUUUUGUAAUUAAAAAAUUUUCAACUAGAUACUACUACUACAGAAAUAAGACAGUGUAAAACAUUGGCUUUUGUAUUUGAGAUAUGACAUUCUGGACACUCAUGUCAUUUCAUUUUCAGAACAAUCUUAGGCUCUUUUGUCUCAUGUUUCUCCUGCAUGUUUCUUCCUGAGAAGUAUGUUAUUAUUGAUAGUGAUGACAGUAAUAAUAAAUGUAGACCUAGGCCA